CUGUGACGUAAGAGUCGGGGGUCAUUCAUAUGUACGCCCGCAACAUUUGCAUAAACCCGCCCAUGUUCUAGACCCAUGCUGUAGAAACAAGCGAGGACAGUGUUGAAAAUGGCAGAUCACGGAUAUAAAUGUUUUGUUCCAGGCUGUGCAGGAGAUGUGAGCACUUUCCAUACCCUUCCCACAGAAAAGAACUGUCAGCAGACAUGGUUGAUGUUUGUCUAUAACCAGAUACCGCGGCAGUUCAAUUCAAAGUUGUUAGUUUGCUCGGCACAUUUCACCGCUGACAGUUUCUCGAACCUGGGACAAUAUCAAGCAGGCUUCGCUCAGCGUCUGAUACUGAAGAAGGGGGCAAUUCCAACUAUACUGCCAUUAUUACAACAGCUACCGCAAGCAAGUACAUCACAGCUGCUGCGUACUAAUGAUGUAGGAUGCCAGACAGAUGGUCCUAUUGUUUUAUCGAAGGCGACACAACUGUCUUUGAAAACAAUGAGGUCCCACCUUCGAAGCAAAGGCGUGCAGGUGACAGUAUCGUCUCAAAGUGUGGCGGUAGGCACCACGACUUCUGCGAUGUCACGGCCCACAAUACAGCCAUUUACAUGGACACCAGUGAAGGAUGCAAGGCCAGCCAAAAGAGCCCGUGUUGAAUUGGAGGAUGUUUCCUCUGCAGUCACUGAUCCUGCACGGUCCGUUACAACUGAGACACAAUCAUCACAGGUUUUUGCCACAUCAUUGGCAUUCCAUAAGGAUGCAAAGUUCAUAGUUUUUGAAAAAUGCCUCCUUAGCCUGUUCGAGAGUUGUCCUGUUUGCACCAGGGCUUGUAAUGUCCGCCCACGCCGAAGAGGGACCUUCAUAGCCGUUGACCAAAGGUGCUCUCGCUGUGGCUUCUUCAGACAGUGGAGGAGUCAGCCUGUCAUCGGCAGCACCCCUGUGGGAAACCUUCAGUUGUCUGCUGCCAUCUAUUUCAGCGGAGCUUCCUUUCUGAAGAUGCAAAAGGUGUUCAGGGCAAUGUACCUGAAAACACAUACAUAUGAUGCUUUUAGAAAGCAUGCCAGGACAUACAUUGAACCUGCUGUCAUCCACAAGUGGAAUGAGGACCAAAAUGUGCACCUGCACUACCUGAGCCAGAACAAGAUUGUCAUUCUUAGUGGUGACAUGCGAGCAGACUCGCCAGGACAUUCUGCAAAGUAUGGGAGCUACACCAUGAUGGACUUGCAGACCAACAACAUUGUAGACGUACAGCUGGUGCAGCAGAGCAACGAGGCAGGGGGAAGCUACCACAUGGAGAAGGAGGGCCUUAGAAGAAGCUUGGAUCGCGUGGAGGAAAGCGGUGUAAAGUUGGACUGCAUUGUCACUGACCGUCACCCCCAGAUACAAAAGCUCCUGAAGGAUCGUAAAAUCAUCCACUAUUAUGACGUCUGGCACAUAGUGAAAGGAUUGUCAAAGAAGGUGGAGAAAAUCUCCAGAGAGAAGGACUGUAGUUUGGUGAAGAAGUGGCAUAAGAGCAUCACCAACCACCUGUGCUGGUCUGCCACUAGCUCUGAUUCAGGACCAGAGAAGUUAGCCAAAUGGACCUCUAUCAUCAACCACAUUCAAGACAUUCACACACAUUCUGACCCAGCGUACCCUAGAUGUCAACAUGAGCAAAAGUCGUCUAAGGACCGUAGCAAGUGGUUUCAACCAGGUUCGAGAGCACUGAACAGGCUACAUAAGGUCCUGAUAAACAAGAGAGUCCUUUCAGAUGUGGAGAAGCUGAGCCCACAUUACCAGACAUCAACUGUGGAGUCGUUUCACAAAGUCAUCUCGCUAUUUGCCCCCAAAACUGUCGUCUUCCCCUUCAUUGAAAUGCUAUGCAGGUUGUACCUUGCAGCAAUGCACUUCAAUGAGAAUGCUGUCCGGCCACAAGUGACAACAUCUAAAGAGAAACUUGUGUACAAGCUUCUCUUUCCAAAGGACAAAAAGGGAGGACAUACUGUCAAACCAUUAAAGACAGAGCCAACAUUUUGCUAUGUCAUCAACUUGAUGGACAGUGUUUUUGAAGGAGUUGUCCGUGAUCCCCUUCCAUAUCUGGAUGCCGUACAGCGGAUUCCUGUGCCUCAGUACCUGUCAUCUCAGCAUGACAUACCUUCCAUGGAGGAAGCUGUUGCUGAGCAUGUGGCGUGUUUCAGUCGAGGGGGGUCUGAAUCCGACAUACUGCACUGCAGCAUCAGGAAACUCCCUCCGUAAGCGCAGCACCACACAUGAAGGGAUGACGACACGAACACUUCGCACCAGCUGACCUGUAGGCCAAAUGUCUGCACUGCCUGCAGGGACAGACGGAGAGGAGAGGAAAGCACAUAUUGUUUGUUUUAGUAUUUUAUUUGUUAACAGGUUAUUAUUGGGUCAUGUUUGCAUGAUGCUGAGGCACAAUAAAAGUGUCACAUCAA